GGGCUUCCUUUUUCCCCUUCCUGAGUGAAAGGGCAUUUAAAGAACACCAGGGGAUAAAUUCUGUGGUCUCCGACAGUCCCAGGCACCAGGACACAGUGGUGACCAUGAGUGCCUCCACAGAAGCCAGGAUGCAGCAGCUGGGUUCCGUGGAGGAUGAAGAGUGGAUGGUCAGUGACACCAGGUGUUCUAAUAAAAGCUCCAGACUACGACCACAUUCUGGAACCAAGAGUUUAGCAGGAUGCCUGGGACGUGGCCAAAUCACCUUGGUCCUGUACUUGCUCUCCUUCCUGUUCGUGGCUGGGCUCCUGCUGAUCAUUCUUGUCAAAGUUUCCAAGACCCCAAAUACCCAGGGGAAAGAGGGAUGGAAUAAAGAGAUCGUCCAGGAACUGACCCAGCUAAAAGACCAACUCAUCUCCCAGGGGCGGAAUGAGUCCUCGCAGAUCUCUGAGCAACUGAUGCAGAUGAAAGCUGAACUCCUUUCCAGUAUCCUUAACGUCCAGGUACAGAACCAUUCUAAGCAGGAAAAGAUCUACCAGCAACUGGUACAGAUGAAGGCUGAACUCUUCCGCCUGUGUCGGCCCUGCCCCUGGGACUGGACGUUCCUCCGAGGAAACUGUUAUUUCGUCUCCAAGUACCAGCAGAACUGGAGCCGUGCUGUCAAGGCUUGCCAAGAAGUGGAGGCUCAGCUGGUCAUCAUCCAAAGUGAUGAAGAGCAGAGCUUCCUGCAGCAGACUUCCAAAGCUAAAGGAGCAACCUGGAUGGGGCUGUCGGACCUGAAGAAGGAAGGCUCAUGGCUCUGGGUGGAUGACUCACCUCUGUCAUCAAGAUUCCAGAAGUAUUGGAAUAGAGGGGAGCCCAACAAUAUUGGGGAAGAAGACUGUGUGGAAUUCGCUGGGGAUGGCUGGAACGACUCCAAAUGUGACCUCCAAAAGUUCUGGAUCUGCAAGAAGUCUGCAACCCCGUGCACUGCCAGCUGAGAACCAGCUCUUCUCAGCUUCUGCUUCCGUGCUGGUCUGCCAGGUGGAUAGACAUGUCUCACGUUCCUCUCCCUGCCCGUUGGCCUCAGUAUGUUGACCAAAGCACUGGGCUUCUAUUUUUAUAAAAUUUUUCAUCCUC